CCCACCGUCCAUCCUUCAACGCAACCAUGUCUGCCGCCACGAUUGCACCAGGGAUGCCUACGGGCGUCGAGAUCGUCCGUACCCUCCUCGCGACUCGCGGUCGAUUGCGGACACAACAUCUCUAUGCGCUCGGACUCGCAGGAUGGCCGACAGAGACGGUCAUCAAACCGCUACCACCUCAACCUUUACACAUCCUGGAUGCCAAGGGGGAGAUCAAGAUGAGGAGGGCAUAUAACGUCAGAGGAGGAAUGGCACCCUGGAGACCGAAACCAGAGGCGCCUUACCCUGAUCACCCAUUCCAGAGCGUCAAAUUCUUCAAAGGACGCAUCCUCUCGGCUCUGGAGGAACGAAACCUCAUCCGCAAAGUCCUCACCCGAGUCCCCCUCGAGACCCCGGCGGACAAGGCCGAAGCCCUCGCCAAAGCCGUCAAGAUCACCCGUCGACGCCAACGAAACCUCGCCCUCACCCCCGAGGUCGGUCUGGGGAAAGGGUUCCGACUACAAAAGGCCGAGAGGAAGAUCUGGGAGGCGAAAGUGUAUAGCUUGCCGGUGGAAAGAGUAGAGCCCGAGAUGACCAAGACAGAGUACGCAUGGGAGGUCUGUGGGAUGACGGUCGAGGCGGAACGGGACGCCCUACAAAAGGCAGGAUUCGCCCGGGUCAACGUCGCUCCGAGAAAGACCGAAGUGGAGACGGAGGACAUGAUCGAUAGGGACGAGAUGGGAACCUCCACCGGGCAAGUCAUCCCUCUCACACCCGACAUCCUGUCGACGGACCACCUGGAAAACGUCCUCCAGACCGAGUCCCUCCCCACUCAGCUACGACCGGAUCCCACCAAAGAGGCCCCGCUUCCACGAGCGCUUCCCGUCGAAUCUCCUCUCAUUCAAGCUACCUCCCUCGUCCUGUCCCACCCCUCCAUCGCCUCUCGCUGGAGAAGCGCCGCCCAGGCCGAACGGUCGUUCAACGAGGUCGUCGAGCACGAACGCCGCGAGAUCGAUAUUCGACGUCAACAGCGUCGAGACAUGUACAAGCAGAUGAAGGAGGAUAGGAAGGUGAAACAGGCGGAAAAGUAUAGGGACGAACUGGAAGGAAGGCCGGAUUUGCUGCAAAAGGUCGAAAAGUUCUACGGGAACAGAGACGGGGCCGAGAAGGUUUGGAAGGGAGAGUCGUUCACGCGCGGAGCGGGAUGGUGAAGCGGUGAGGUCGGAGCGGGACACGAUUUUGAAACGACGGCCAUAACGUCAUGUAGCUAGUACGCACCUCCAUAGUCACCUUGUAUGAGGGUUUCCUGUUGUACCGAUCACUCCCUUGCAUAGUUGUGUAUCUCGAUCGAUCAAGACCACUCCGGGUUCUCUCGACCGGUUCGAACGAGUAUCAUGCGAUGCAUCGAUCGAAAUACGCCAAAUUAUAUGCAACUAGACAA